AUGGCCCCAGGGCUCCUGACUACCAGGGAUGAGGCAUUAAUGGCCUUCAGGGAUGUGGCUGUGGCCUUCACCCAGAAGGAGUGGAAGCUACUGAGUCCUGCUCAGAGGACCCUGUAUCGGGAUGUAAUGCUGGAGAACUACAGCCAUAUGGUGUCGCUGGGAAUUGCCUUUCCUAAACCAAAACUCAUCAUACAACUGGAACAAGGAGACGAGCCCUGGAGAGAGGAGAGUGAAUGUCUUCUGGACCUUUGUGCAGAACGAAGAACAGAAUUCCAACCCUGUCUCUCCUGCCCAGUGACUUUUUCCAGUCCACAGAUCCGCCAUCAAUAUGUGCUUUGUGGUCACUCCCUUCAGAUCUUCCCAGGUUCAUCUUCAGAAAGCCACUUUCUACUAGACGCUCCAAGCUGCUUGAAUGACAGAGCAGAAGAUGGAGAGAGAGAAGGCUCUGGCACUGUGUUUGGGAGGCUGCGGCUGAGUGGGACUUCAAGUGCAUUUUUCAGCUCAUAUCAAGGUCAGCCAGUAGACCAGGGAGGCAAUAGCAGUGGAAGAAUAGACCAGGGGAUGAUCUCUGAUGAGGCAGAUGCAGUACUGACAGAGACAAACAUCUCAGAAUCUGGAGCAGUCAUAUGUGAAAACUAUAGACUAGGAUUUAGCAGAAAAUCAAGCCUCUUUAGCUUCCAGAAGCAUCAUGUGUGCCCUGAAUGUGGCAGAAACUUCUGCCAGAAAUCAGACCUCAUCAAACACCAGAGGACUCACUCAGGAGAGAAGCCGUUUAGUUGCAGAGAGUGCGGGCGAGGCUUUGGCCGCAGGUCCUCCCUCACUGUACACCAGAGGAAGCACUCAGGGGAAAAGCCCUAUGUGUGCCAGGAGUGUGGGCGACACUUCAGGUACACAUCCUCCUUAACUAACCACAAGAGGAUACACUCCGGGGAGAGACCCUUUGUAUGUCAGCAGUGUGGGAGAGGCUUUCGCCAGAAGAUCGCCCUCAUCCUGCACCAGAGGACACACUUGGAAGAGAAGCCCGUUGUGUGUCCAGAGUGUGGAAGAGGCUUUUGCCAGAAGGCAUCACUCCUUCAACACCGUAGCUCGCAUUCAGGCGAGAGGCCCUUCUUGUGCCGGGAGUGUGGGCGUGGCUUCAGGCAGCAGUCACUGCUCCUCAGUCACCAGGUCACACACUCAGGCGAGAAGCCUUAUGUCUGUGCUGAGUGUGGGCACAGCUUUCGCCAGAAAGUCACCCUCAUCAGACACCAGAGAACACACACAGGGGAGAAACCUUACCUGUGCUCCAAGUGUGGGCGUGGCUUUAGCCAGAAAGUCUCCCUUAUGGGCCACCAGAGAACGCACACAGGUGAGAAGCCUUAUGUGUGCUCUGAGUGUGGGCGUGGCUUUGGUCAGAAGGUUACCCUCAUCAGACACCAGAGGACGCACACAGGGGAGAAGCCUUUUAUAUGUCCUGAGUGUGGACGUACCUUUGGCUUCAAGUCACUUCUCACCAGACACAAGAGGAUACAUUCAGGGGAGGAGGCUGAUGUGUACAGAGUAUGUGAGCAAAGACUUGGUCUGAAGAUCCAGCUCACCUCUGACCAGAGGACACACUCAGGAGAAAAGCCAUGUGUGUGUAAUGAGUGUGGACGCAGCUUUGGCUUCAAGUCAGCCCUCAUCAGACACCAGCGGACACAUUCAGGAGAGAAGCCAUAUGUGUGCAGGGAGUGUGGUCGUGGCUUUAGCCAGAAGUCUCACCUCCACAGGCAUAGGAAAACCAAGUUCGGCCACCAUCUCCUGCCACAGCAGCCAUUCUCUUGA